AUGUAUAAUAAGCGUAUGCUAAACCUCAAAGAAGAUAAACACAAGAAAAGAAAAAAAAUGAAAAGUUAUGCAAACUUCGUAACGAUUUUUUUAUUACAAAGCUUAUUGUUUCCUCUUUACAGUUCAUGUCUUCAUCAAACUUCUUCAAAUGAUUCAUCAUCUCCAUUUCCUUCUGAUUUCUUAUUUGGCGCAGCGUCUUCUGCCUACCAGUAUGAAGGUGCGUUCUUAACCGAUGGAAAAGGUUUGAACAACUGGGAUGUCUUUACUCAUGAAAACCCUGAGAAAAUAAUGGGUGAGAACAAUGGAGAUGUAGCUGUUGACCAAUAUCAUCGAUUCAUGGAGGAUAUCCAAUCCAUGACUUAUCUUGGCCUCAACAGUUACAGGUUAUCAAUUUCUUGGUCAAGAGUCUUACCUAUAGGGAGAUAUGGAGGCAUUAACUAUCUGGGAAUAAAGCAUUACAACAGAUUGAUCGACGCUCUCAUUAGUAAUGGGAUUACUCCAUUUGUGACGUUGAACCAUUUUGACUAUCCUCAAGAACUCGAGAACCGGUUUAAGAGUUGGUUAAGCCCCGAGAUGCAGAAAGAAUUCGGGUACUUAGCUGAUUUAUGUUUCAAACAUUUUGGAGACCGAGUUAAACACUGGAUCACGAUUAACGAACCAAAUCAACAAAUAAUCAUAAGCUAUCUAAAAGGUAUGUUUCCACCGUCCCGCUGCUCCAUGCCGUACGGGAAUUGUAGUCAGGGGAACUCCGAAACUGAGCCUUUUAUAGCUGCGCAUAACACGAUCCUGGCACACGCAAAGGCUGUUCAAAUAUACCGAACCAAAUAUCAGAAAGAGCAAAGGGGAAUCAUCGGCAUUGUGGUGCAAACAUCAUGGUUUGAACCCAUAAGCGAUUCCAUUGCGGAUAAAAAAGCUGCAGAGAGAGCUCAAUCAUUUUACUCGAAUUGGAUUUUGGAUCCCGUUGUAUAUGGGAAAUAUCCUGAGGAAAUGAGCUAUAAAUCAGAUUUUUUGGGUAUUAAUCACUAUACAAGUUACUUCAUCCAAGAUUGUUUGGUCUCUGCUUGUAAUUCUGGAGAUGGAGCUUACAAAAGCGAAGGAUUCGCGCUUAAACUAGACCGAAAAGGCAAUGUUCCAAUAGGAGAAUCUACCGACGUAAGUUGGCUGCACAAUGAUCCUGAAGGAUUUCGAAAGGUGUUGAAUUACCUAAAUAAUAGAUACCCCAACAUACCAAUUUUCAUCACCGAAAAUGGUCUCGGAGACUUGCAAAAACCCGAGACAACGGUGAAAGAACUUCUAAAUGAUACGAAAAGGAUAAGCUACAUGAGUGGACAUUUGGAUGCUUUGAAAGAAGCAAUGAGGGAUGGAGCAAACGUGAAGGGCUAUUUCGCAUGGUCGCUAUUAGAUAAUUUCGAGUGGUUGUAUGGAUACAAUCUUCGAUUUGGGCUAAUUCACGUGGAUUAUAAAACUCUCAAAAGAACACCAAAGCAAUCAGCUUCAUGGUACAAGAACUUCAUUGAGCAAAACGUGAAUACGGGAGAUCUCACAGAUAAAUAUUAAGUACAUUUUUAAGAAGUAAUUAGUGUUCCUAAUCAAAUGAAGUUAAAACUAGGAAGGCUUAGCUAAAAAUCAUCUCAUUGUUGAUUGUUAUUGGAAUGUGUCUUGUGUAUCUUCUUGUACAUGAUUGUUUUCCUAAUCUUGCACACUAAUUUUAUUUCAAAGAUUAGUGUACAGGAAAAAUUGGAUAUACAUAUAUAAUAAAGAAAAAAUGUAAAAAGAUUUCAAUCCGCUUGAGGAGGUUGCUUUGGUUUUGAUGGAUGAUGUUCAUGGUGUUAUAACAAGCACUCGUUAUGUACGGAUGUAAUGUAGGCUUGCUAUUUGAAUAAAUAGAAGGAGACACUUUGUCUCCUUCACUUGACCCAAGAAAAAAAAACACUAUUAAUUUUUGAUAUGAUUUGUUUCGAGUAUUGAAAUGGU